UUCUUUUUCCGGAUUGUGACGGGAAAAGCCGAAGAUUCCCCACCGAGAGAGUCGGGAACGAGCCGUAGUUCAGAUGGAGGAAACCUGCACCCCUCCUGCUGAAUGGAUUCUCUUCUCAGGAGUCUUUAGCUGUAGAUGAAGGAAAAAGCUCACUUUACUCAGAAGAACAAGUCGUCUUGUAUUGUGUUUUUGUUUCUACUUGUUUGAGAUUUGAUCGUUUUUGGAUAAGUAAGGAUAAAACUCACUAAACCGUCAUGGGGUGAAUCUGACAUUUGAUGAUGAGGACGUUAUUCUGGUGAUGAAGGAGCGUCGUCAGAAAACUCAGAACAGAUUUCACCAUGGUGAAGGAGUCUUUGCCCAGCUGGAUCCAUCAGGACUCUGAAGAGGGUCUCGUCCAUGUGAAUGUCGGCGGUCUGAAGAGGAGCCUCURUUCCAGCACACUGAAGAAAUUCCCAGACACCAGGUUGGGAAAAUUACUGGCGUGCGAUUCAGAGGAAGACAUACUGCAGGUGUGUGAUGACUAUGACGUACAAGAGAAAGAGUUUUACUUUGAUAGAAAUCCAGGUCUGUUCCCGUAUGUCCUCCACUUUUACCAGACUGGCAAACUUCAUGUGAUGGAGGAACUCUGUGUGUUCUCCUUCAGUCAAGAGAUAGAGUAUUGGGGCAUCAAUGAGUUCUUCCUGGACACCUGCUGUAGUUAUCGUUACCAUGACCGCAAGCUGGAGAGAGGUCGACACCGGAGCUGGGAUGACGAGAGCGACGUCAGCAGUGUCGACACAUCUGUGGACGAGAUAUCUGAUCUAAACAAGGACAUGCAGCAUUUCCAGGAGGUUCGCUACGGGAACAUCAAGAAGUGUUUGUGGCUUACACUGGAGAACCCGGGAUACUCCAUCCCGAGCAAGCUCUUCAGUCUGCUCUCCAUCGGAGUGGUGCUCACAUCCAUCGCCACUAUGUGCAUUAACAGCAUCCCAGAGUAUCAGACUUUUGACUCAGAUGGAAAGCUGAUCGAAGAUAAAACUACCCAAGUUCUCGAGGUGUUCUGUACUUGCUGGUUCACCUUUGAGGUUGUGACGCGGCUGCUGCUCGCUCCAAACAGGAAGAAGUUCUUCCAUCACCCACUCAACAUUAUCGACCUGGUGUCAGUGGUUCCCAUCUACAUCACCCUGAUCUUUGACUUGACUGUGGGAUCUGAGUCUGAACUGGGAGACCUGGGGCGACUAAUACAGGUGUUCAGGUUAAUGAGGAUCUUCAGAGUUUUGAAGUUGGCCCGACACUCCACAGGUCUGCGCUCYCUGGGAGCAACACUUCGGCACAGUUACCGUGAAGUGGGAAUUCUGCUACUGUACCUGGGUGUCGGCGUGUCCGUCUUUUCUGGGAUUGCUUACACCGCUGAAUGUGAAGAGGAUGUAGGCUUGGACACAAUCCCAGCCUGCUGGUGGUGGGGAACUGUCAGCAUGACCACAGUGGGUUACGGAGACGUAGUGCCUGUCACAGUCGCCGGAAAGCUAGCAGCCAGUGGAUGCAUCCUGGGUGGCACUCUGGUGGUGGCUCUGCCCAUCACCAUCAUCUUCAACAAGUUCUCCCAUUUUUACCGCCGGCAGAAAGCUCUGGAGGCGUCGGUGAGGAACAACAACCGCAAGACGAUCAAAUUGAGCUGCGAGAAUGAGCUGGAAGAGGAUGAGGAAUCGGACGGGGACAGUCGCUGCCUGGACGAUGAUGAUAUUGACGACAUUGAGGAAGAUGACAUUGAUUUUGAGGAUGAAGGAGGGGUGAUAAACUAUAGCUAUGUGGAGCAUCCGUCUUACCCAUCAACAAUGAGAAAGAAGGAGCUGUAUCAGCUGUGAGGUCUGAAACGUUAUGGCAAAUGGUGUCAACUUAAACGUAAAUGGACUUGAUACACCAUGAGAACAUUAACUGACCCUGCUUUGCUUAGAUUGAUGCUUCAGGAUCAAUAAGGUGAUGGAGACAAGUUGGAAGAGGGGAUCACGCGAGCCUUUUGGGUCUUCCAUGAAUUAUUGUACUUUGAUGCCACUGAAUGUGCAUGUGGGCUGUUUCAGGACUGAAUUUUAGUUCAUUGGAUUUGUGGCUCUGCUUGUGGAAAAUUGAAAAAAAGGACAAAGGCACACAAUAUCUACAUCAAUGCCUACACAGAACUGAAUGUAUGUGAAAAAGCAUGCUGACAUGUAAUGUAAAUAAAAAAUACCAUAGAAAUCUUUUUUGCUCUUGGCUCUAAAGCUACAGCUAACAGCUGUUAAAUUUGCUAAAGCUAAACCGGCUAUGAGGGAAAUUACAGAGCAGAAAAUCCAAACAAAGAUAGGUAUACAUUAAGAAAAAUAAUUAAAAAAAAAACUGAAUACAUGAAUAUUCAACAUUUUCAACUAUAUGCUUUGCACAUUUUUUUGCUGUUGCAAUCCUUCGAGACUAUAAAUCUUUCACUGCUGUAAAAGCUGUUAAUUCAAUUUAAACGGUGGGUUGUUGUGGGUUGUUCCCAUAAAAAAAUUUGACAAAUUUCCUGUGCUACCAAGUCUUAUUUUGUACCACUUACUAUUUUAAAUGAUUUAAGCGUAAUGUGUAUUUUAUAAGCACAUCUUGCCAUUUUAUAGCACAAUUAAGUAACUAUGUUACCUUCAGGUGUUAUAAAAAUGCUUUGUAUAUCAAAUAAUGCGAAAGAAAUUUGACUUUGCAAUUUGAUGCCUUGAAACUGGCCUCUCUUUAAGAAACGCAUGCUGCAGAUUUAAGGAUUUCUCAAAUAUCUUGCAUGAGAGAAUAAAAGCAAAAUUCUUGCUAAGAAGAAAUAACAUUAUUACAUAAUAUAUAGUUUAAAAAAAUUAUCUUACAGAAUAUCUUCCUUUAAACAGGGACCACUACGGUGCAUGGGUUGUACCCAACCACAAACUGUUGGUAACACACUGAUCUGGAAAAGGGGUUUGGCAUUGGCACACACUCAACGUUUCUUAUGGGCACAACCUCCAUGACACACAAUAGACUUUCCUUACACUUGUGACAAAAUUUAAAAGAAAAUGGACAGGAAAACCCUCAAAUGCAAUCAUUUUUUUUUUUCAAAAUGAUUCAGCUAAUCUCUGUGUGAAAACUCCACAUUAAAAGGAUUUGACUCUUAUUAGGUACUUUAUCCACCUGCAGGACUCCCUAAAUUUACUGGCAGUGCUACACAGACACCACUAAAUCAACUUAAUAGAUCACUCAAAACCAGCACUGAUAACAUAUUCUUCAAGUAAUAUUUGCAUGUUCAAAGCAAACAUUGUUGAACUAUGAUUUUUAUUUUAAUUUAUGGGGUGUAGUUUUACAUUUCUAAUGUCAUUCUUCUGUGUAUUCAGUGAUAUAUAAUUAAUAUAUGUCCUGUAUGUAAUUUUAGGAGGUCAUUUUGAAGAGUUUGCAGCAUGUUUUUAUUAAGCUACCUCUUGGGUUAUACACAGCAGCUCUCUUUUUACCUCUGCAGAAAACCCCUGUAGCAGAGCAGUGUGUUUUGGGAAUCGGGGUAUGGAGUGGUAAUGCUCUCCUCCUGAAUGUGCUCUCUCUUCCUUAUGCCAACACUCCCUUAUACCCGAUGGCAACUGCUCACCGAUAAGCCUGGAAGAAGGUUGUCGUCUUCAGUUUAAUAAAGUUUUCAUGAUUUGCUC